AGGACCGAAAUGAACAUUAGCAUCCCCGUUUUAUACCUACACCUUUAAGAUACACUGCGCAUGAUGGAUUUCUUCAAAUCCCCUCCAAAAGUACUUUCAAGAGCAGGUAUAAGAGUAAUAAGAAAGUAAAAAAUCGAUUUAUAUCGAGAUGAGUGCACAAAUACAGCAACAAUCGCAAGAUUCGUGGGGUAGCGAAGAUGAUGCAAAGUCAUCGCUUUCGCUGGAUAAAUUAUCGGUGAAUGAAUCCUCGAAAGAGGAGCAAGGAAAGGAAACCUUAAUAUCUUCGUGGUCGUUAUUCUUAGACGGAGGCAUUAUUCUCGAAGUUGGCGUUACACUGGACGAGUACUUUUUCGAUUCCAUCGUGCAAAUAUCAUGUCCUCCGCAUUAUGAUGACCAGUAUUUACAAUUUGAGCGUUGCGAAUGGAAAGAAAUAUUCAAUUUUAAAACUGAACACUUAAUUAAACAUAUGGUGCAGUGUACGCCUAAAAGAAGGAGCAAGCAUGAAAUUUUUACCGAGUCCAAAAUAAUAAUACUUGAAGCGGAAGAAGAAGAAGACGGAGGAUGUAUUCGAAUAAGCGAAUCAGAUAAAUCUAUAAUAUUUUCCAAGCAAGCAAUCGAUAUGAUAUUUAUCGCUUCCGAAGUAAUUACUCAAAAAUUGGAUGUUGCCAACCACUAUGCGAUGUAUUGUCUUUAUGAUGACUUUACGCGUGAGGUUGCAAAAAUUCUACAUACCGAAGGUGUUACUAGCGAAGAGAGCAUGUUAUCGAGAGGGAAAUUGAUAUGCCAAAAUCUCAAAUUGUUAACAUCGCUAAGCAGUUGGAAGGAAAAGUAUGAUAAUUUGCAAGACUUGACUCUUCUAACAGAAAUUGUAAACAUUCACCCUCGAAAAUUUAUAAAUACGGUUGUUAGUAAAAUUAGCAUGUUAAAAUAAAUAA